CACACACAUCAUGAUUUGCAAGUGAGAGGCCUGAUAUCAUAAGAAAAGGACCAACAAAUGCAUCGCAACCAGGCACCCAGUUCGAGAUUGUACGCCGCAGGAAAAGGAUAAGCCCCCGGCCAUAUAUAUAUGCCGUCAAAUUCUCAAGGUCCUCGAGUUGGUUUCGAAUCCAGGAUUCUACACUGCUAUCUAUUCAAUCAUUUGAGUGACAAGCUCUUUACCUUGAACAAUCAUGUCUGCAGACUUGAAGAAGUUUUAUAAUCAAGUCGAUAAGCUAGCAGAUGGCGAGUUUAUUGACAAGAGACUGGCCACGGCCGUCUCCCACAAGUCAGUUUCGAGUGAGGCUGAAAGCCGCCCACAUGUAGUAGAAAUGGAAAAGUUCCUGGAGGACGAGCUGGGCAAAAAGCUUGGGGCGGAGGUACAGCCAUUUUCCAUGGGAAAGCAACAGAAGAAGAAUCCAGAAGACCCCGACCUCGAUCUGCCCCCGAUUCUGGUUGCAUGGUAUCCCCCGCGAAAGAGCAUUUCUACAGACAAGAAAACCCUUCUCAUCUACGGCCACUAUGAUGUCCAGCCUGAACUGACCGGCUGGACACACCCGGCCUUUAAGCUGACCAGAGUCCAAGACCCCAGUGGGGAGAAGCUAUAUGGACGGGGAUCUACGGACGACAAGGGCCCGGUGCUGGCAUGGCUCAAUGCUAUCCAAGCCCACAAGGAGGCUGGGAUUGAAGUUCCUGUCAAUCUCAUCUUUUGCUUUGAAGGCAUGGAAGAAAGCUCGUCCGAGGGAUUCACUGAGUUUCUUGAAAAGCAUGGCAACGAUCUGUUCAAAAACGUGGAUGGAGGCGUUAUUGCCGACAAUUACUGGAUCACCACCCGAACCCCAUGUCUGACAUAUGGCCUGCGAGGCAUCAACUACUUCCGAGUCACCAUCGAGGGCGCCCCCAAGCAGCUCCAUAGCGGCAUCUACGGGGGUGCGAUUGCUGAGCCCCUGACAGACCUCUUCAGUCUCUUCUCCAAAUUAGUCGAUAACAAGGGCAACAUUCUGAUACGCGGGAUCAACGACCAGGUCGAACGAAUCACCGCAGACGAGAAGGCCCUGUACGACAAAAUCAAUUUCACGUUGAAAGAUUUUACCGACGCAAUUGGCAGCACCAGUAUACCACUCUACAAAGAGCCAACCGACAUCCUGAUGCACCGAUGGAGAUAUCCAUCCCUCUCGAUCCACGGCAUCAACGGUGCGGAUUCCAGCGACGAACCAGGCACCGCCAUCCCGAACAAGGUGACAGGCGCGUUCUCCAUCCGAACCGUGCCCAAAAUGGAUAGUAACACUGUCAACGAGACGGUGAUCAAAUAUCUCAAAGAGGAAUUCCAAAAGCUGGGCAGUAAAUGCCAACUCACAAAUAUCGGAACCUCAGCCGAAACUACUCCAUACUGGUGGACGAAAACCGAUGACCCCAAUUUCGCGGCGGCUGCCAAAGCCACCAAGGCCGUUUACAACACUGAUCCAGACUACACUCGAGAGGGUGGAAGUAUCGGUGUUGCAUUGUAUCUCCAAAAGAUUCUCGGGGAAAAGAGUCUUCUGCUGCUCCCUGUGGGUGCGUCGGAUGAUGGCCCUCAUGGGCCUAACGAGAAGAUCGACCGAAGAAACUACAUUGAAGGAACCAAGUUGUUUGGUGCCUACUGGCACUACUUUGCUGGAAAGGCUUAGGAUUUUCUGUCUGGACUUCGGUGCCAUCUGAAUAUACCUCGUGGUCUUCGUUGGGACAGUGAUAAACAUCAAGGGCAAAGCGUAACAUAUCCAUCGGUAUACGCAAUGAAAUUGCAGAAAUACUACACUAUCCAGAACAUAAAACUCGAAAUCCAUGAAUCUUAGAUAAAUCCAGU